ACGAGAUUCAUAAGACACAGGUCCGAGAGUUUUUCUCUCCCACAACCCAUUUCGUGGAUCCCUCCCACGAACGAGAGAGAGAGAGAGAGAAUGGGAAGGAGACCGUGCUGUGCGAAGGAAGGAGUGAACAGAGGAGCAUGGACAGCGAUGGAGGACAAGAUUCUCACUGAUUACAUCAAACUGAACGGCGAAGGCAACUGGGGAGACCUUCCCAAGAAAGCAGGUCUGAGGAGAUGUGGGAAGAGUUGCAGGCUGAGGUGGCUGAACUAUCUGAGGCCCGACAUAAAGAGAGGGAGCAUCACUCUUGACGAAGAAGAGCUCAUCGUCCGGCUUCACAAUCUCCUGGGAAACAGAUGGUCAUUGAUCGCGGGGAGGCUUCCAGGACGGACGGACAACGAGAUAAAGAAUUACUGGAACACCACCAUCGUAAAGAGGCUCCAGUCCGGGUCGAGCCACUCGGGCUUCGUCUCCGCUCGGCCGUCGCUGCCUUCAUCCCAAGGAAGCCCCAAGUCAGCCCUCGAAAAACCGACCAUGGACGACACUCUCGUGCCCGCAGAGCCGUGUGCUUCUGGCGCCAAGGCAACGAGAUGGCCGGAAGCGCUUCUGUCUCCCGAAUCCUGUCAAGAUGGAGAAGCACAAGCACCUGACAUGGUGGACGACAAAGAUCGAAGCUCCGACCGCCAUGGAGAUCGAGUUACAGCGGUUCAGUCAUCAGCUGGAAAUCCAAAUGUUUCAUGCAACUUCAUGGCGGAUUUCGAGCUGGACGCGAACUUCCUGGAAGCUUUCUUGGAGUCUGAACUCGCCACCAAUACUCAGCAGCCGGGUUUCGUUAACGGAGGAUUAGAUGAUAGCCACAAGAGAGAGUGGCCGUCGUCGUCGCGGCCCCAGCCGAACUCUGAAGAAACCCUAGCAUUCAUUAAUCCUGAAGGGACGAUUCUGAGCGAGCCAGAUUUGCAGUGCGUGGCAUCUUUAUUCGAGGACGACGUUGGCUGGCUUGAUCUUGAAAAAAGCUCUAGGAGUUGACUGCGCACAUAUUGACCCGACUGUAUGAAUAGUGUACGAAUAGCUCUUUGUCUUUCCUUC